GGAAAAAGUACGCCAGCCCGAAUACCUGUGCAAAGAAAAAAGUGGUACAGUUACGCAUUAAGUAUGUUGCAGACCAAGCAAGGGAGACAAGGUCUGUCGUGCACAAAGUGCUUCCGAGCCUCGUUUCAUACCUGUUUUCCCUUACAAUCUGUGCAUCGCAAAGCACAGAAAAUUUGUGUUGCUGAAGUAGCAACAAAUAUGUAAUCGUAACACUUUUUGUUUUUUCCUUGGAUAAUACCGUUGUUCCUGGGGGUUUGUGCAGUUUGGCAGAGCCUGCGUGCGUCCAGCGGUGUUGUCGGAUGCCCUGCCACCAGAUAGCACACGACUCUAGUGUAUGGAUUGUAAAAAUGUCUGGGUCUGGAAGAUUGUCAGAUUUGUCAUGCAGGUUUUCCAUGACCCACGAGGUCUGGAAUGCAGGACCUAGCAUGACAGAUUCUGCGAAGCCUUUCCAAUGCCUAUCCUGCUUGAGAAACUGCCUCUCGAUUAGGUCGAAAGUGCUCAACCUUUGGCAAUCAUGCAGCGCAGGUUUUUGCCUGAUUCAGAUUUAACAUGACAAGUUGCAUUCUUCCAGACCCAGACACUUUUGCAUUUGAUAUGGUGGCACCUGGAACGACAUUGAUGCGAACGACUUCGAAUUCCAAAACACGCACUGCGCUGGUCCCACCUGCCGACGGACUCAGAUAAACGACGAACCAACUUGUCUCCGCCGAAAGUGCAGCAGUGUCACGUGCCCUACCGGCUGGAAGACGAAGAGUACAGGAGUCUGCGUUUCCGCGGGGAAGGAUUGUCAGCCCGGACUGGGUAUCAACUGCAAAAAUGUCUGGCUCUGGGUCUGGAAGAUUGCCAAGUUUGUCAUGCAUAUUUUGAAUGACCCAUGAUGUCUGUGAUGCAUGCUCUAGCAUCACAGAUUUUUCGAGGGCUUUGCGAUGCCUCUACCGCAUGAGAAAUGUCCCCUCCGCGCAGGACAAACUGGAGUCCUCUUGCUGGUCAUGCAAUACAAACUUUCUUUAGAAUCCCCAAACGAAAGUUAGCCGCUGCCGCCCUCGCUCGGCAAGCGGCAGACGAAGUAUAGUGCGAGAUGAAAAUGCUAAAGUAGACGAAUGAACAGUAAGUACUGUGAGAUUUUCGUGGCCACUUCGUUCGUGUUUCUCUGUACGAAAAAUGAGCACGCUUGAGGUUCGAUGAGGUUCGAUUUUUAGAGUAAGGAGAAAAGGAGGAGAUUAGAUGCAAUCGACUCAUGUUUCUUAUCGCGGUUACCUGCGUUAGAUAAGUGUUCGAUUGGUUAGAAAAGAAAAGAAAAAACCUAAUCAGAAACGAACCUUGAGGGGCAAAUGAAGGGAUGUGAUGUUGCUGCUUCUUGGCGCAUAGGUCAAACAUCACCCCGGAUGCCCCUGAGGACUUUUAUUUUCUUUCUCAAAAAUAAAAAACAGCAUCUGUUCCUCUUUUUUUUUCUAAGUAUGCUAAGGUCAAGAAAUAAGAGACAAAGCAAAAAGAGGACGGGAUAAGAAAGAAAACUCAGCAGGGGCUCAAAUCCAUACUUAGUACAAGACCGAGGAGAUCAUGAACACCGAGGGCACGUGAUUCCGAAUUUUUUCAGGAGUAAAAAAAGGGAAAACUUUGAGCACAAAUCAGAUAGGCAUAAUGGUUUGUGUGUGGGGCUCCUUUUCUUCUCUUGCUAUUUAGCUACAAGGCCUGGCAAGGACUGUUUCUCUCGGAAUUUACUUCUGUUCCCUCCACCGAGUUGUAUUUUUUGAGAAGUCCAAGCUAGGUGCGUCUGUGCAAUAGGAGACUCAUCUUACCUCCUAGUAGCUAACGGAAUCACGUGGCGCACUACUAUCAAACCCGCACCGAUGUCCAGAAAAGAGUUUUUUUGCUGAAUAGGAAAAAGAAAGCAACAAAAGCUAUAGAGAGGAAGGAACUCACAUGAGCAGCCCAUGUGAGAAUUUUUACAUGACAACAAAAAUCCCCCCCCUCAACAGGAAAGCUCUACCUUAAGUCAAAGAAUAGAAAUAGUAGACGACUGCUGUGGCGUGUGAAAAACAAUUGUGUACAAGGUUGGCAGAGCAGAAUACGACUUCACGAGUGGCCCUGAAGGUUGUGAAAAAGUUUCUAGCGAGGCCUUUAGGACGAAAUAAGCACUUUCACAUCAUGAAAUCGGCCAAACUGGAUACCGGUCGCGCAGAAGCAGAUGAAAACGACGACGAGCUCUGCAGAACAGCGCGAGAUGAUCUGGGCCUGAACCUGGAGAAUGAAGAGGAGGAAGGAGGCUCACAGAGAGGGCUGGAUGAUCUGGCUGCAGAAAAUCGAGUACGUGGCCAAAAUCAAGACCAUCAGGACCGGGGACAUGAUGGAAAUCGAAAAGAAUAUCUGCUACCUCCGCUGGAAGAUGACGAUGGUGGAGAGCGAGAAAAUGGAGGACGUGCAUCCGAAUCCAACCUAGGCAGAAAUCCGGCACUGCAGGACAGCCGGAGACAAGAGGAAGACCAACGAAACGACAGUGGCCAAAAUGGUGGACACCAGCAUGCUGGAAGCGGAAAUCUAGAAGAAGAUGUGAGGCAGGAAUACGACGAGCACUUUCUGGUCCACGCGUGGGUUUAUCAGGAGGGUAUGGAAGAUGAUAAGGAGCUACAGAAGAAAGUUGCAGAGCUGGGUCAUGAACAAAAGCAGACCAAAAUGAAAAGAUGGCACGUCUGUGGUGGAUGUUUGCAUGCUGUGACUGCUGAAAACCAGCUUGCGAAGCACUUGACUAGGUGCAAAAAAUCCCACCCAGAGCGCAGAAGCUCAAUGACUGACUGCGACAGGAUGAGUAAUCCAAUUGAGAUUACACGCAUGACAGAAGGCGAAAAUAUUUUGAAGCCUUGGCAAAAAACGAAGACAAGACUUGUGAUGAGAAAUGGGACACGUACAAAACUGACGUGGAUUGUGCCAAAUUACGACGACAUGCAUGACAGAAAUAAGCACAAGGUGGGGAAAUAUGUCUGCUUGCUCUGUGGGGUGACAAACAGCGACGAUGCUGAACAGAUGGACAAACACCGACUUUGUUGUAGAAAAACAGUGGGGAAGCUCUUGCAAAAUAUGGCGGAUGGGAAAGGAACGGAGUGGCAGUGUCCGGAGUGCUCCAUCUACGCGGCAAAUGACGGGCAUGCGCGUCGAGGUGUGCACAAGCUGCAAGACAGGAUCUCGACGGGUAAAUACACAAGUGAAGACGCAGAAGCACUGGUGGCAGCUGGGCUAGAGUAUGAAAAUGUUUUUCGUAUGACUUCCAAAAAACACAAGAAAAAGACACUUUUAGAAAAGGUAGUAGUCGGAACAUUUAAUACGCAGGCACUAAAUGACAAAUCAGGAGCAAAAGCCUUUGUGUUGAAAAUGUUAAAAGACAAAAAAAUAGGAAUUGAGAUUUUGGGGCUACAGGAAACACACAUGGAUGACAUUUUGGAUGAAGAAUUUAUAGCGCAAGUGCUUGAUUUAGGAUUCCAUGUGAUUAUUUGUAAACAAAAAACACGAAAAACAUUGCGCGGAUGCUCGGCGUUGUUAGUUAGGUCGUGUUUUGACUUUGUCGGUGUGACGGCAGCAGAAGACAAGAAUGCAGUAGAAACAUCAGGCGCCCUCCUUCGGGCAGGGGGCUACACUUUUGAAGUGUUGAACUUCUACGCGCAAAGCAAUGCCCUAAAAGGUGAGAUGCUCUCUGAAAAUGCUGCGAUUAUGCUAGGAGAUUUCAACGCCCGCAGCCCGGCCUGGGAUGCAAAUGCCCGCCAGGAGAACCCAAACGGAAGUAUCCUGAAAAGAUGGCUACAUAUGAAUAAUCACAAGGAUACUUUUCAGGUGGUGAACGACAGAAAUGUAUUCACACGAACGCCAAAAGAUGAUCGCAAGACUUCUCCCGAUGUAAUAAUAAUAAACAAAAAAGAUUUCAAAAGUGAGGAGGAGAACUCUCAUGCAAUACAAGCCACGUGCUCGGACCACAAUUUUGUUUAUGCGAGUCUGAAUUUUUCAACAGAGGUCCAGGAGGCUGUUGAGUGUGAUGUGGUAGAUGAAGAUGGUGGCGAGUUUUUUUGUGACAUGGAGCCUCGAUUUGAGCCACGAUUCCAGUUUGAAACUGGCACGCGCAUUGAAGACAUGUGCUGGACUACAGAGUGCAGUAACAUGCUUGAGGUUGCAAUGCAUGACAGCAAGUUUUUAAAAGCGGGGUGGUCAGAAUUGAACGAAGAUGAUGCGCAAGCAGAGCUGAAAGCUUUUCGUGAUAACCUGCUGCAGGCAGCAAUGAUGACAAUUCCCCAUACCCAGAAAGACCGCAACGCGAUCCCGAAUGAGGCCAAAAGGCAGAAGAAGGAGGGUCCGGGUGCAGCGAGGGAUAACGGGAACAGUGAAGAUGUUGCAGAACGUGUAGAAGGCGGGGGUGGAGUGGCAGCAACGCAGGACGGGGACAAAGAGGAGGGACAGAAAGAGUCCUCCUCAGACAAAAAAUUACUUUCAGGUACAAAAACGACUGGAGCAAGCCAGCGCAAUCAAGUUCAAAAUAGAGAACAGCGAGGAACCACGGCGAAGGCGCCUGCAAGGGAGUCGGGGCAUGAGCUCCUGCAGGAGGACGCGCGGGACUUGAGCAUGAGCGCAAUUUUCGGGGAUGGAGCCCUGCAACAAGCUGCGUCGAGCUCUGCUGCAGGAUCAAGAUUAGCGUCAAUGGAGCCGAGUAUGAAAAUCUCCUUGGAGCAGGAUGAUAGUGAGAAGUCGGAGGAUGACGACACUGCGGGCAAGCUGGAAGUGGAUGAGAACGAGGUGGAGGAGAAGAACAGCUUGGAUGUAAAGUCGCCGCGUACUCUAUGGAAAGAGAUAAACCGACGACGAGGAAGGAGAACAUGGAGAACUUCAGCGUUUCCGCGUGCUAUGAUUAAACGGGAAAAACGGCGUGAAUAUGUUGAAAGAGUGACGGGCAAUGACCCGGGAUCUAAUGCAGCUGCAGACAAGGCAAUUAAGAAAGAAAAACUAACUAACAAACCGCUACCGUCUGAAACAACGACAGACAGAAAAACGAUAGUGAAUAUGUUUCACGCGCUGUAUAAGCAGCGACCAAAAAAAGUAUACGCGGACGAAAAGUUGAAAUUUCCUCACGACCAAAAUUACAUAGACAAACUCCGGGAAGAGGUUAGGAACAGCGCGAAGCGACGCGCUUCUUUAGGAGUCUUUAGGGAAUUGACCAAGCUCGAAUUUCGGGCAGCGGUCAACAAAAUGGAAAAAGAAAAAUCGCCGGGAUAUGACCACAUCCCACACGAAUUGAUAAAAGCGCUCAAAGAUGAGAAUGAGGAAAUUCUUUUUAGGCUCUUUUACAUCCUCAUAAAGUAUGAUGCCUUCCCAGCGAUAGGAAACCUAGUGAACAUAGCCCCGGCACAAAAAACGACAAAUCUGCCCUAUGCAGAACAACUCUAUCGCCCAGUUAGCCUGCUUAGCGUCUUCUCGAAGUUGUGCGAAAUCAUCAUAGAUAGGCGCUUUAGUCUCUACUUAGAGGGUUUUAGGUGGGAAGGAAACACGCUGAAGCACAGGGAUGAGGUGAAUAAACUUCCAGUAACUAGCUUAGCCUAUAGGAAGGGUUUUAGCAAGGAGGAUAGUGCAAUUAGGAUAAUAGAUUUCUUAUUUGCAAAACUUAUAAUAGGCUCGGAAAACGGCGGAUGGUGGGACAAUGAUGAAGACAAAUUUGUAGGGUUAGCAGAUAACAUUUGCGGUUUUGAUGUAUGUGACCAUCAGACGAUGCUGAUGACAAAUUUGUAUUUAGGGAUUCCGCUUGACCUUUUCGGGGUUGUCACGCAAUGGCUGUCAGGAAGAACAGCCAAGAUACGAGAAGGUGAUAGGUGCUGGCACUUAGUGCCGGGGGUCCCGCAAGGAUCCCCCCUUAGUGGCGGCGUAUUUAACGCCCAUCACAUACCGAUGCUUAGGAUGCUAGAACGGUUGAACAAAGGCAACGCAGUAGUGAUACAGUACUCGGAUGAUAACUGCCAGGCAGGAUACGCAAGAAACCUAGCAACCAACAGAAAAAACUUAGUGUCGCAAGCACGCAGCUACUAUAUAUUUUUUGAAACCGACAAAAGCGAAGUCGUGCUAUACAAGCGGGGUUUUGAGGACAGACGAGUAGAAGCAGCGCGAAGCUUAGGCUUUUUAUAUGAUGGGGCGUGGACCUUUGAGAGUAUGUAUGAAAAAAUUAUGGAAGACAUGCUGCGAGAGGCUAGGGUAGCGACGGGUCUGAAAUCACUUAGGCCAAGCAAGAAGUGUGAUGUUUUCGAGGCGUUGUGCUAUAGUGCCUUAGCUAGUAACGGGUCACCAAUGUACCCGUACUUCACGGAAGCUAACAAGGUCCAACUCGAGAAGUUGGUUGCGAAACAUUUAAAAUUUUUGUUAAAUUUGCCAAAGACAACCCCUACGAGUGCGCUUUAUGAAGCAGCAGGCCUAGCCAGGCCACAUUUACUCUUCCUGGUCGAGAACCUGAUGCACUUCUACAAAGGGGCAGCGAGAGGAUCCUGGCCGCUGGAUGGGGAAACGGUUGACCAUCCUGCGGUGCUGGGCAUGAUCGACGCAGUGGACUCGAAUCCCAUUGCCAGCACACCGGUAAAAUUUGCAUGGACGACAUUUUUUCGCACGAUCUCACAGCGAAAACUGCCUGAAAUUCAUGCAGCACUGAAAAGCCAGCCACUGAACCUGACGAGGAAAGAAUGGACAGGAUUCAAAAUUUCCGUCAAAACGAUGGAUGACAUAGGCCGAGAGAGUGGCUAUGCGAAAUUGUCUAGCAUGAAAGAUUCCAGUGAGCUAAGUAGAGCCAGGCUUGCGAUUGCUGUCAAGCAAGAAUACGAAAUAAGAAAAAGGCUGCGAAACAUAGACGAGUUGAUAAUGUGUGCAGAUGGCUCAGUCUCAGAGGCAGAGAAUACAGGGGGGUGCGGGGGGGCAACUUUCUGGUAUGCAAAAGAGUGUGAAAAUAUGCCGGAUGAUCCGACAGACCCGGUCAGCGGGAUAGCAGGAGUGGAGCCGCUCUGUGUGAGCACCGCCAUUGUGACGAGCCCCCUGCCGUUUCUCAAGGUGGACAGUUUUGACGCGGAGUGCUUUGCACAAGUGAGACAAUUACGAAAAACGACGGAAGUAUGCGUAUCCACAGGAUUGCGAAGGCUCAUAAAAAAAUUAGGCAUGUACUCGGACCCGAAUUCAAUACUUGAAGCCUUUGCUAACUACGACGACAGUUCUAGCCAUCAGAUCUAUUUGAUAGCGCAGGAGAUAGAGCUUCUGCGUGAAGCCUGCAUGAACAAAGUGCCGAGCUUUGAUAUGCAUGACAUCUCCACGCGAACGAUUGCACCAGAGCGGGAGUUUGAAGUUGACAUGAGAUGGCGCCCGGGGCAUUCCCGGCUUUAUUUCAAUGAUGCGGUCGACGCAAUCGCAUCUGCUGCGAUCUUGAGGUACAAAAAAGCGCGACAGCUUGGUCUUGAAGCUUAUGCGUUCAAAAAAAUCAUCACGCCUACCAUUCUCCGUCGCUUGCUAGAAUCGUCUACAAGUGACUGGUGGGGUCCGGACGACUUCAGCACUUGUGCGCCUGUCCUGCUAAAACGUGCAAAAAAAUUGGGUCCCUUUCGUCCUAAAAGUGGCGCGCUUCCUUCUAGGCUUCUAGAGGUAGUCUACUACUACUUCUGGCGUGGCGCUUUUCCGGAAGGCAUGGCUGCGGCGGGUUUGUAUGAAUACGAGGAAGGUAUCUACUACCAAAAGUGCACGCUGUGCAACACAAAGUCAACAUGCCACGCAACGCAUUUGCUGUGUAAAUGCGAAAAGCUCGAGGACUGUCGAACAGAAAUUUUUGGUCUCCCACGAAUUCCAGAAGAAGAAGAAGUAAUGAUGCUGAAGAACCCAAAAAAAAUAUUUUCAUACCUGCUGUGAGUGCACACAAAGAUGCCAAUUUUCAAGCAGCACAUCAUCGACGACAUUACGAAGCGGCUGCCUUACACUGGGGAAAGUGUUGAGAAGAGUACGAAGGCAAAAGUACAACUACCAAACUUUUUUCGCAUGCUUAAGACCCGCUACAGCGUACUAGAUGAGGAGUUUAAAUGUGUAGAAGAUUUGGCUUUUGGUGAAGAAAAUAGAAUCUAAGUGUAAAAAUAUAAGUUGGAUGGUGUCAAAUUUUAAAGAAAAGCUAUAAGCAAGAAAAAAUAAUGCGCAAUUGAUGAGUUUUAGUUUUUUGGAAAAUAAAAGAAGAACCGCAUGGCAGUAAAAAUGCGAAAAUUGUUUUUGAAAAAUGAAAAAUACUUUACGAGGGCUGGAGUAUGAGAAGCGGCGGCGUGGAUAUCUUUUCUGGAUGUUGCAGCUGGGGCUUUGGGACGAGAAGCAACAGGAGUAGUACGCGCUAAAAGGAUGCAGAGAGCCGACUGCAAAAAAUCCUUAUGUUCGGGAGCUGAGCCGAGCAGCCCCGACCCCAGCAGAGCACGGACUGCUGGAGGCGCAGAAGGUCCUACGCCUAUCUACCAAGAACUUGCUGCAAGAAGGAAAAAAUAUUCAGAGUAAAGCUUUGGCUCCUUUUGAGCGAUUUUGUGGCAAGUAAGUGGUGAUCAAUGAAACCCACUACAAAAAUGAAUUGUCACGAGGCAGCGACGAUAAGACUUUUCUGUGUCAUAGUUUUGUAAUGCAAGAUAUUGCCUUGACAAGAUGCCACGAGAACAUGACGUCAGGUCAGCACUUGGUGCGAGAAUUGAAAUGGAUUUUACCAUUCAAAUUUUUUUGCAAACUAAAAAAGCUUUUCAAGAUGACACAAAACGAAAUGAAAGACAGGCAAUGGCGAAAAAUACAAUCAUGAAAGGGAGGAAGGGGAGGACUGUUCCAGAACCAAGAAUAUGCGGGAUGAUUCUCUUUGCGAGUUUUCUCUACGAGUGGCAAAACGGCAUGCAGCUGCAAAAGGAGGCGCGAAAAUAUUACAAAGACGAGAUGAUGGCGACAGACAGAUUUAUGCGAGGACUGAAAAAAGGCAGAAUUAUGAGGACGUCGAAGGAGCGAGAGACGCCAAGGCGCAAGCAUCUAUACGCCGAAAUCACUGAGGGAAAACAAAUGGAGCUAAAAGCAUAAGGAAGUGUGAUUGUUUUGCUGUAAGAUUGUUUCUUUCUAAAACCCCACGUCUCUAGCACCUAUGUAAAAUUCCCCGUCGAGAAAAACCGAAAAAAGAAGAAGCUGAGUAUGGUAGAGCUUUCCUGUUUCCUUCUCUCUAUAGUACGGCCAAAAAAGCUAAAGCUGCGCUGUAACAUUGAUGCCCGUCACAUUCCCUCCUAGUUAGAGUCCACAAAAUUGCAAAGACUGACAUAGUCGCUUUUCCGUCCGUUAGGGUAGAUAGGAGGUGUCAGGGGGCGAGGUAGUGUAAUAGGAGCACCAUGGAGGACGCAGACAGGCCAAUAUGGUAGGGGUUUGUCCUUCCCUCCGGAAGUGUUUUUCAGUAUCCGAAAGGUAAGGCUUCAUCACCGACAACGACUUACAUACGUUGGAACGACGUAGCGGCGAACCGAUGUAACGCUGUCAAUUGGCGACAGAACCUAUGCACAGCUAAGGUUUUCUUGCCACGGUGGUGUUGCUCACUCCGUACCGGGUCCCGUGCGAGCAACCGUAGCCAGCGGAGUGGAGAGGGAAACCACUGUUCAGACGAUGCUGAAGAAAUUCGGCAACGAUUGGAUCCCGGGAUCGCACCCACAGAACUUGUCCAUGGACCUGUGAAGAACAUGACGGCAGCGAACUCCGAUCAUUCACACCACAUUUCCGAUCUGAAGUUGCUAUUGUGAUCUUUAUGAGUUUAAGGCUAAGAUUAUGUUUUCAAAAAAAAAAAAAAAAAACUUUCUGUAGAAUCCAGGGACAGCAUCACAAGUUUAGAAUCUUCCAGACCCAGACAUAUUUGCAUUUGAUACCGGAUCAAUCACACAUGGACGACCUCGGGGCUUGCUGCCAAGAACGAUGCACCAUAUCAAAAAGGAAAAAUCCCCCUCCCCAUAUUGACAAGGCAAUCGAAAAUUUGUGUUGCUGAUUUGUGACCACAAAUCGGCUCUGUGUUGCAUGAAGGCAACCCCACAAGCUCCGCCGCAUUCUACAGGCGGUUUGUCAUGUUGUUGCACCUACAGCGUAGACGUCUUUCAUACAAAGCGCCUAGGCCAAAACCUGUCUACUCAGGCUCAAGAUGGGCCUGCAGUCCUCGCCAGCAAGACAAAUCUGAUUUGUGUAUGCAGCUCCAGCAUCAGAAGCGUCGUUUUGGUAUAAAAUAGGGAGGGGGAGUUUUUCACUCUGAUACACCAGGCGCGCAAACCAUGUCCAGACAACGGUGUGCGCCGGCGCCAACAAGUUGAUUACGACAGACACCAAUAAAGUUUGUUCGACCAGCCAGUGUGGUACGAACGACAAAGGUACGUGCUGCGAUACGUCGCCCUGCACGGAGCCUACGCUUGCUAAUGCUUACGGGUAUCUAACUAUGAGAGUGCACAACUCCCCCUCUCCCUCAUUUGUAUAUGCAAAAUCCCAGAUCCAAGCAGUGCCUCUUGGCACUGUUUGCAUGACAAGUUCUGGUAGCCCAAAUAGCACGACACUCCAGUGUUAAUUUGUCAUGCAAAACCGGCAUUAUUGCUGAUGCUUGUAUUGCCGUCCAUGCUAUACAAAUGAGGGGGAGGGGGAGUUGUGCACCGUCAUACUAACCUUGACGCCCUGGGCCGACGUCCUCGUUCAAGAGGACGACGCGAGACCCGGGACUUCAUGGGCACCGCCCCACCUAUCAAAAGGAAAAAUCCCCCCUCCCCAUAUCAAAAAGGACAUUUGUGAUGCUGGAUAUCCGUACACAAAUGCAAAUCUUGCAGUAGAGGACUGCAGGCAUAUGCCAGGCCUGAUUCGAGAGGUUUCGACGUAGGCGCCUACCUAGCAUGACAAACGUCCAGGCUGUAAGGCCAACAGCAUCACAAACCGCCUGCAUAAUGCGGCCGACUGUCUGAGUUCGCCUUCUUGCUGCAACACAGAGGGGAUUUGUGGUCACAAAUCUGCAUCACAAAUUUUCAGACGAAUGCGUUUUCAAUAUGGGGAGGGGGGAUUUUUCCUCACAAUACCGCCCGAAUGACUUCAAGUGCAAGGACACCCACACGACUGUGAAUAACGCGCCCCCCCAGUACAAGUGCGCGGGAGGGGGCCAGGAACUCCAGCUCAAAGGCUGCAGGGAAAAAUGCAGCGCCGCGAAAACUCGGACUGUCUCUCCUGGCAAUGUAGAAAUAGACCAUUACUUCAUGUGUGAGGUGUUGUGGCGCAAGGACAAAGGGAAUUUGGACAUAAAGUCAUACCAAGGCAAGACCCACAACGAGUGCCUGCUCUUGUGCGCACAGGAAAGCACUUGCAACUGGUUUGUGCAUAAGCCCUCCACAAAUCACGGCACAUUGUCAGCAGAAACGGGUAAGUGUUGGCUAAAGAAAUCCAACAGCAAUGGCGCCCACGAUCAGAGCACGCAUAACCUGGGCCUAGUUUCCGCAGACUGCCGAAAACAGGUUCUGAAGGACUUGCUACCCAAGAAGCUGGGCACUCCUCCCUGCGCAGAGAACCACUGUAAACCGGUGGAUAAGGACACGUGCCUCGUUAUCCUGAGUAAAAAAAUCCCUAGUUGAUGUCAUGCAGAUUUGCAGUCACAGGAAGAUUUGUAAUGCGCGCCCCCAGUCGAGGGGCAUUUCCAAUCGCGUUUCCGACUUUCUAAUGCUGUGAACAGGAUGAGUAGGUGGUUUUGUGAUGCGGCUGCACUUGUUCAUUCUAAACUGCACUACAAUACAGAGAGGAACUUGUCAUGAUGCGUGACUUCCAAAGCUUAGCGGCUUGUGUUGCGAGAUCCCCAUCUUGACUCUGGGGUGGGGACGCUUUUACAUAGGAUACUCGUUGCUCGGUGCCGCGAACCUAGCGACAAAACGGGGUACAACGGGCCUCUUGCGGACGGAAAGGCGAACAAUUGGGAGUGGCUGUUGCGGAACCACUACGGCAACCCAACAGAUUAUGGAAGCUUCAGGACCGAAAGCGACAAAGGUGCAAAAAUUUCUGACGCAUCAAAGCGACACUUACCAGUUUGUUGGGCCCGCAGCUUAAUAUAGGGGGCGCAUGACAAAUUUUCCCCCUGCUUGCGGCGACGGUGCAAAGGUUUUUGAUGAGGUGCAGUCGGGUAUGCAUGGCAAAUUUCCCCCGCGCCGGAAGCGAAUCUGUCAUGCCGUUGAGGCCACCAAUGUCAUGCCGUUGAGGGCAAAGGAGCUCCCUUCUGUCACGCGAGUCAGCAGCCCAAAUCUUGACCUCCCGUAGCAGGACGAUAAUUAUUUAGUCUGCCCCCUUUACUGCCUCCUCUGCAAAUGCAAUACACGCACCCUUUGCGUCGCACUUCAAUAUGCAUCACAAAUUUAUUUUCAAGUUUGUCGACUUCGAUCCUGACAGUUCCAUAGAGACGGCGGCGGGUGGAAGACAGCGAAUCCUAAUUACAUCCGUUGCACGACUGGGUGGAGAGGCGCGGCUAAAUACAACUGCCCCGGCGCAGACCUGUCCCUUGAUGUCAAGGGCUGCAAGGAAGAGUGCAACCGGGAACCGAGCCAUCAAACCACCGUGUGCACCGCAGGAGGACGAGCGAGCCACUGGUUGACCGAAAGCGCUGACCUGCUUUGUAGCGGCGAAACGUGCGCGAGCAGUGAUGCCGUAACGUGCUGCCCAACUGCUGCUUGCACACCACCAACCUCCGCGGCGAAAAACGGAUACAAACGCAAAAGCGGCUAUCCUGAGUAAAAACGUCCCCACACCAGAGUCAAGAUGGGAAAUCUGCUACACAAAUUAGCCAGCUUUGGUUGCUUCACAUGACAAGUUUUUCCUCGUAGUGUAAUAAAUCCUGUCAAGGUAAUUCAGAAGCAUCACGGACCUAGCCUAUCCCGCUGAUUAUACAUAGCAUCACAAAUUCCAAAACCCGACGAGAGAAUGCUUCUCAUGGGGCUCCGCAUGAGAAACUUUUUUGGCAUGCAGAUUUGCAUGACAACUCUGGGGUGCGGCAGAAACGUGUUCUACUUGAGCAGCCUUGCCAAUCGUGUAUCUGUACCCCGCGCUUCCGGUCAUGUGUGAAGCAAUCUUCAUGGUCGCCAAAUCCGGCGGUCUGGUGGAUCAGCAUUAAAUCUCGCACCUCUUACCUUUAAUUUGGAUGUUUAAACAUCACUUCAGGCUGGCGCUUGUCGCUUAGUCAGUGCCUCCAGUGAAUGGAUUCAUCCAGACAGUAACAACUGGCUUGCCGCAGGCUGCAGCUUUCUCUUGUAGUUGUGGGCCUGGCUGUACAUCCCCGUUAAUAUAGCGUAAUAUAGUGGUUGCGAGUUGGAAGUUUGCGAGGAUUAGAGUAAGGAAUUGUUGGUAAAAAAAGCGAGGUGUUGUUCAGUUGGCACAGUAUGGAUGGUUGCGAAGUAUGGUUGGUGGCGAUAACAGAGUUGGAAUAUAGUUGCCGGGAGAUGAUGGUGAUGGCACUUUGGUGUCCGCCCAACCCACCCGCCCGGCGCGUCAAGCCAUCUGCGGCCAUGGUCCAAUGGGGGGGCAAAUUGUGUCGCAUUGUGUUUAGCAUGACAACUCUGGGGCGGGGACGUUUUUCCACAGGAUAGCGGCAUCACCUGGGAAAUGUUGUACCGUCCCGACCAGUAUCCUCUGCAAAAGCUAAGCAUCGUACUCGUAGUAAUUGCAUUUAUGCAUCACAAGUCUCUUUCUCAAGGGCAAAUCAGCAUUACAAAUUCAAUGUGUAAUGCUGAUUACAAAUUCAAUUUGUAAUGCUGGGCUAAUUUGUAGUACUGCAAUUUAUAUAUACUAGUACGAUGCUUUUGCAUUGCAUAACCAGACCGGUCUUGCGGCACGCCCUGGCGAAGAUCCAAAAAAUCCGGGUGGCAAUACACUGGAUUGCGACACAGCUACCCACCAUACGGCCUCCACUCCGAAGUUUUCGUGCCCAACCGCCUCCUCUCGUUUGCGAUUGUCUGGCUGCAACGAGAAGUGCGCACACAGUACGAUGGAGAGCUCACAGUGCGGCGCGCACUCACCACCCGACCAAAGCAGUCACUGGUCAAUAAGCGAAAGUGGCGUCUUAUGCAGUGCAAAAGUGCCGUACUAGUAUAAGUUGCAUUACAAAUUAGCCCAGCAAGACAAAUGCAAUUUGUAAUGCUGUUUGACCUUGAGAAAAGCAUCUAUAUUUGCAAUUAGUACAAGUACGAUACUUGUUUUGCACAGGAUGCGUCUGCGAGAGCAACAAUUGCGACUUCGACGGCAUUGACCGCGACACGUGCUGUCUCAUGAAGUGCUCCCACCCACUCAACCAGAACAAGUGCCCGUCUAAUAGGGCGUUCUCAAAUGUGACAUUCUCAACUCCUGUUGCAUGAAUUUGUAAUGCAAGAACGUCGGCAAAAGAAAAAGGAGGAUGAUUGUGCCUUUUGCAAUACAAAUUGUGCGCAGAUUUUGGUGCUGUUUAGCCCUUCGCAAAUUUGUCAUGCGAAGCAGCUUGAUCUUGUGAAUGAUCGUGCAAAUGCAUGACAAAUUCAUGUAACAGUUGAGAAUGUAGCGUUGGUUUGAGAACGCCAUAUCUAAGACGAGGGGCGGUGACGCCACAUGCCACAUAUCGCACGAGAAUAUUAAACUGCGUUGGUUGUAAAAAGUAAGGAUACGCAUAAGUUCAUUGCAUUCAACAUCUCGAGGAAGGAGCCGCCCAUACAAGACACGACUGCAACACUACACUUGCCAUGCCAGCAGGCAACCAUUAAGCCGUCGCUUCAUAAGCUGUUUUAUUUCACAUGCUGGCAAAUAAGUAGGCACGACAAGCCAUGCGACGCUAUCAAAGUUAGUAGCACGCGGUUGCACGACCAACAGAGUUUUAUUUAUUUUCGGUGGAUACGACAGUAAGGGCGAUGACUGCGACAUCCAGAACAACGACGCUGACAAGCAUGCUUGCUGCAUACAAAGCUGCGGCGACGCCGAGACGGGCAGCAGCCCUUUCUGCGCUAGCUUUACCGGGAACAACCCGUAUUUUUCCAAAAAUGUCAUGGCGGGCCAGAGCGUCACAGACGCAACGUGCGGCAGUUUUCAAUGCACGGGCACGGCGGACCGCGACAUUUGCUGCGUGCAAGGCUGCACGGAAAUAAAAAACGACCAAAACAACAAGAAAGGCUACGUAUACCAGAAAAGCAAGCUCUUGAAGCUCGCGGAGCCAAACGGCAGUUUGACAAUGUCAAGCGCCAACUUGCAGUGUGAUCCCGAAACCCACCGCACAGCUCCGGCGCCUGCUCCUUGCGCACAGUUCAAGUGUCCGUUUUCGGGAGGAAAGUUGGUCUUUUCCGGAUGCUUUGAGCUCUGCAGCGCUGCGACAAACUUGUGCCAAAACGCUGGACGAACAAAAAGGCCGGUGGACGACAAAACGAAUUUAUUCUGCCUCUCGAUACUACAAUGAAAAAUGUUUCCACGACCCCGGAAUUUGCAAAAGUUUGCCAUGCAUAAGGUUCUCAAAUGAAGAACUUUUUAUCUUCUAUGCGUGAAAGGAUUGCGAGCCUUUCGGAUCAUGCAGAAUCUAGGUGCGGUGGAAGGUGUCUUUUGCAUAAACAGAUCAGGCAGCGUGCUGUUGGGCUCCUUUGCAACACAAAUCUGAGCUAUUCAGGAUGGAAAAUUUGUGAUGCUGAGAUAUGCCAGAGCCAGACGGGGAAUGUAGUUUCCAUUUGAAGGGAUUGCAAUACAAAUGGUGCCAAGUUCUGGGGUGGGGGCAUUUUUCAUUGUAAUACUCGAAUGAAUGCGACGGCACAUCUUAUUAUCUUAAUCCAAAUACGUACCGAAAUCACGACCUGAACACGUGCUGUUUCCCCAAAUGCGGCACUAACCAGGUUCCCCCCCAGGGGCGGUUUUUUGGCACUAACCAGGAGUGCCCCGGAUUCGAGGCGGGGUUCGUCCGAGGCGACGCGGCUAAGAACCCUGUCGGCGACUGUUUAUUACAAUGAAAAGCUGUCCCACCCCAGAAGUUGCAAACAUUUAUGACGCAAGGUUUCCACACGUUGGGAACUUUUUGUCUUGCAUGAAAGGACUAUGAGUCUUUCUGACGUGGAAUUAUCCAUUCGAGCGAGGCAUCUUUUACAUAACAGAUCCGGCUGUUGCUGGGCUCUCGUUGUGCAACACCAAAAAUUUAACUGUUCAGCAUUGAAAAGUUGCGAUGCUGAAACAUGCAAGAUGGGGAGAGAAUGUUUCCAUUGCAAAGCUUUGCAAAAAUACAAACGCUGCCAGGUUUUGAUGGGAUGGGGGCAUUAUUUUUCACGGUAAUACUAUCAGGAGAAAAAAGUGUUACAGUAACACAUUUGUUGGAGUUUCUGCAUCACAAAUUUUCUCUGUGUGGCAGAGCAAACUUGUAAUGCGAAGAUCAUAAGGGAAAACAGGAAGGAAACGAGGCUCCCAGGCAUUUCCUGCAUGAGAAAGGUUGCCUGUGUUGGUGGUCUUGCAACACAAUGUGUAACUGUAACACUUUUUUCUUGCGAUAAAUACUGUUCCGACUUUGACUGCAAUUCCGACGCGGACAAAGCCUCCUGUUGCACCCGGCGUCGGGUUAUGGAUUGCAAAAAUGUCUGGGUUUGGAAGAUUGCAACUUGUCAUGGUAAAUCUGAAGCAUGCAAAAAUCUGUGUUGCAUGAGUGCCAAAAGCUGUCCACUUUUGACCAAGUUGGAAGGGAGUUCCUCAUGCAGGACAGGCAUGGCGGAGACCUCGCAGAGUCUAUCAUGCUAGGUCCCGCACUCCAGACGACCUCAAGGGUCAUGGAAAAUCUGCAUGACAAGUCUACACUUUUCCAGACCCUGACCCAGACACUGUUGCACUUGAUACGGGUGUGCCCGUUCCUGAACGGUGUCACGGCGGACGUCCUCGGGCUUUUCGUGCUCAAAAAUGAUGCAGACAAAUAUCCCAUGUCCCGAUAUUUUGGAGGCGUGGGCGGUGCGAUCACGGCGAACGUGACUGAGCUGAACUGCUUGGACACGGAGAUCUGGCAGUAUGGCGUUCUCAAAUGUUACAUUCUCAACUGUUACAACAUGGUUUGUCAUGCACAUUUACAAUCAGAAUCGACGCGAUCAAGCUGCUUUGCAUGACAAAUCCUCGAAGUAGAGCCAAACAGGCUCAAAAUCUGUUCCGAAUCUGUCAUGCAAGACGCGCAAGGUCACCCCACCCCUGUCACUUUUGCCAUUCUUGUAUUACAAACUCAUGCAACUGUUGACAGCGUAACGCUUGAGAACGCCAGAGGCAGGUUUCCGAGGCACCUCUGUACUCGACGGAACAAAAGAUGGGGCUGUGCGAGGCGGCGGAAACCAGCGAAUGUCAGAUGAAAACCGAUGACGGUAAAGAACAGCUCCACGACGACGUAGAAUCCUGUUGCGAGUCCUAUGAGGAGAUCGACGGCGCUUUCUGCAACUCUUUCUACACCCCGCGGUUCUAUUUCGGGCUAGAAGAGUAUGGCGUUCUCAAACGUUACAUUCUCAACUGUUACAUGGAUUUGUGAUCCAAGAGGAGAAAUACUGAAAGAAAAGUGGCAAUAUUGCAGCUUUCGCAUCACGGAUUUGCCACAGAACCUCAUGUUAUUUAGCCCUUCGAAAAUUUGUCAUGCUAACCACAUUGAUCAGGUGGAGGCUGAUGGCAAUUUUGCAUGACAAAUCUGCUUAACUGUGUGAAUUAUUGUGUCGGCCCGGUCCUGUUUAGUCGCAGGUCGGUGUCCGUGAGAUCAGAAUUCACAUGUUAAGUAACGCACACCGGCUCCUAGCUUAAAAAAAAUGAUGAAUUUAUAUGCGAAUGGGGCCCAAUCAAAAAAAAAAAAAAAAUUUUGCAUGACAAAUCCGUGUAACAGUUGAAAAUGUAACAGUUGAGAAUGCCAUCAAGAUGCGAAAACGGCGUGUGACACUGGAUUUGUGCACAGUGACGGAAGUGUGGCGACCACGCUCUUAUGCCAGGAAAAGUAAAGUGCUACAGUUUUACGAAAUAAGUACAGGCACUAAACACUUUUGUGCCCCUGCUGUUGCAGGACAUGCAAGGCAGACAACCUGUCCUUCUGUCCUGCCGAAAAAUAGGCUUGCGCGCCUCGCUUCAUACGUGUAGCUUUCCUUUAGGAUCUCUGCGUCGCAAGUUUUCGCUGUCCUGAAGCUGCAUGUGCUGCUGAAGUAGGGUUUCGAACAGAUGUAGCUGUAUCUAUACACUUUUCCUUGGCAUAGCUCUGUUACGGGAUCCAGCACGAUGGUAACUUUUUCAAUGGAGACCGGAAAGAACAUUACGUGGCACCCGCAAACGCAGGACCUGCAACCGUGAAGAUUAUCCCACAGAAAAAAGCAGGCAGGGCAGGUUCCUCUAUUGUGUAUAUGCAAAACAUAAGAAGCAUGCAAAAACGAAAUCUGUUAUAAUGGGCACGCCCAUAGCAUGGUGCUUAAUAGGGCACGCAGUGCAGGUCUUCCUGUCGUGUAUUCAUUUUUGCAUAUACAAAUUAUACAUGUGCUCCGGUGCCUGUCUCUUCCAGUGGGAUAGCGAUCAACGCCGACCUGGAAAACUUGCAAGAUCUGGGCAACUACGCGCUGCUUCUGCCCCCCGGUACCGUGGUCAAUAGUAUUACAAGUGCGAGUAAUAGCUAUUCCACAUUAUACGAGUACAAAUUGACCGCGGAGAACAGCAAUGUGCGCAGCGAACACGCUUUCUAUUCCAGUAUCGGGAUGCAGCCAAGCUGUAUCCAACACAAAAAUUUUAUGGCUGUUGCAACUUUUUUGGCGGAACAGCAGUUGUCCAAACCUGUCUGGCAUGACAGCAACAAAAACCGGUCAUGCGCAGAUUGAUAGUACAUGAAAUUGAAAACGCGCAUGAAAUGACCCUGGAAUGCAUAUACCAGCAUAACAGACGCAAUCACGACCUUGCAUGUAGCGCAUCACAAAGUUACACCUACAAUCCUUUUUUUGUUGCAUAAGCUGCGCAUUCAAGAUCUUCGCGAACGAAGACAGUGACGGGGUAUCAUACAACGCCUCGGCGAUCGAUAGGAGCAUGUCGGCAAACCGGGUGUGGCUCAAGCGCAGCCGAAUACCGUCCGGCAGCAACAGCCCGCCGCAAAAUGUUGAUCUCCAGCAGGCUCUGAGCGGCGUGAACCAAGCCAUUGACCUGGCGCAACUCUUUCCGCCAGCGGCGGUCGAGGCGAGGCUCGCCGGGCAGUCCGAAAUGACGAUCCGGAUGACGCUGAACGACGACGACAUGGAGGAACUGCGGGCCGAGCAAAAAGCGGCGGCCGAGGCCGCUGCCGCGGCCGAGGAGGAAGGUUCUUCUAUCUUGUGUAAAAACGUCCGUCCCAACCACGACGACCCCAUGGUCAAGAGGGGGAACAAUGUAUGAUCUUCAUCUUCUGCUAGACAAGUCCACAAGUUUUGGGACUGGCACGACAUGACAGGUUCUUUGGGGACGCAGUAUAGUCCGGUAUAUCAUUACGAAAGAACACGACUAGAGAAUACCCGUAAUGAGGAGCCGCAUUUUUACAGAUCGAUGUUCUGGGCAUGCAGAUUUGCAUGACAUCAACUGUAGUGGGGGGGAGGCAAACCCGAACGCAAAGUGUCGUGUCGCACUUCUGUUUAGCAUGACAACUGUGGGGUCGUGCUGGGGACCACGUUGUUCCUCUGGAUAUAAUCUUCAGCCACGAGUUCUUCGUUCGUGCAGUUGCUGUCGUCAGAAAAUAACAAAGAGCUGGCACCACUUGAGCAAGACCAUCUUCCAAAUCAUGAGGCCGCUGGUGGUCGUGACAACGCGGAGAGGGCCGCGUGGUCGGGAAGAAGAACAAAGGUGAAGAACCUAAGACGAGUCCAGAAACGUGGCAAAAGAUCCACCAGGAGGAACAUCGAGACGUCUGCCGCACAGACAGGCGAGGGAGACGACGAGGGGGGCAGUGCUACUCCUCCCGCAGCUUCCGAGCAAGACACGACUUUCGAUGGGAAAGUGCAAAAGGCGAUCGCCAACAGCUUGAACCUCUAUGUAAACGCGGCCGGAGAGACGACCGCUGCAGCUGAUGCCGCCGCUGCUUCCGCUGAUACUAGCGCGGCGGGAGCCAACGGCACAGAAUCUUCCGCCGCCGAGGCUGCGGAGGAAGAGGCAGGAAAAGCUGGAUCCGCCGCCUCGUUGUCCUCAACCUCAUUGAUUCGGUAUGAAUUGUAAAACAGAGCAUCGUACUAGUAUAAAAUGAAAAUCGCAUGACAAAUUUCCUCAACAUGAGAAAUAAAUGCGGAUUUACCCUAAGAAAAAGAUUUGUAAUGCAAAAUUGCGAUUACUACGAGUACGAUACUUUAACUUUUACACAGGAUAUUCGGAAGGAAGGCGUUCUUCGACGGUCAACAUCCCGGACGUCGAGGUCCUUUUCCGCGGCGCGGAAAAAAGAAAAACAGGCAAGAGGGAAACGAACCGCCGAAACCAAGCGGCAGAACCCGGAGCGUAUCAUCGUGACUCAUGGCCACGCGGUGGAGUCCUCCGACGGUGGGGGGGCUAUCAAAAGGAGAAAUCCCCCCUCCCCAUAUCGAAACGAAGUUUCUGAUGCUGGAUUUCAGUACACAAAUCAGAUUUGUCUUGCAGUAGAGGACUGCAGGCAUAUGCCAAGUCUGAGCCGAGAGGUUUUGGCGUAGGCUCCCGGCAUGAAAAAUGUCGACGGUGUAGGCCCAACAGCAUCACAAACCGCCUCGUCAAUAAUGCGGUGGACUCUCUCAAUUUGCUUUCUCGCAAGACAGACAGGAUUUGUGGCCACAAAUCUGCAUGACAGAUUUCGAGAAGGAUGCGCUUUCAAUAUGGGGAGGGGGGAUUUUUCCUCUUGAUAGGGGCGGGUCUUUCCUUCAACGUCACGCUGAUCUUUUAUGGCCUUCUCAACUGUUACAUUCUCAACUGUUAUAAAUGAUUUAUCAUGCAAACUGCACAUCAGCAUCCACACGAUGAAGCUAUUUCGAAUGACAAAUUUUUGAAGGGCUAAACAGCUUCUUAAUUUUUGCGUCACAAAUUCAUGUAACGGUUGACAAUGUAACAUCUGAGAACAACGCCAUAUCUUCAAGGGUUCGAAACCCGCGGCGGGCAGCGAGCUGGAGCAGAAGUUUUUGCAGAACCCGGCGCUAAACGAGCUCAUCCGGGAGAAGUUGCGCGAGCAUGUUCUCUGGGAGCAGACGAACAGCUCAAACACCUCGAUCACUUUGGGCGGAAUCCAAAUUGACUUCGUCCGCAACGUCACGCUGCAAAGCGGAAGUGGCGGUGUUUUGCCAGAAGCGGGAGGGGGCGCGGGCAGUGACGACGUUGGUGCAGCGCAAGAGAAACAAGACGCAGGAGGGGAAGCAGCAGCUGCAUCUUCGGCGUCCUCCUUGUCCUCCUCCUCCUCCCUCAUCAUCACUAGAAAUGGCAACAAGGUCGAGCCCGAGGAGGCGAUGCGAAAGUGGCUAGCUGUCGCCAUAGAAGACGAGCUGGAUGUAGAGAUUGGCGUAUCAAAGUGAAGAGCGCCCCGUCCUGCUGCAACAAGUAGUGGCGCAGAAAAGCGUUUGUAUUUUUUUUUGCAAUGAAGCUUUUUGCAUUUGCUGUUGCUCCAGCAGCGUAGCUACAGGCAGACUCUUCAUUGUUGUUCCUGCAGUUGUGUGCAUAUAUCAUUAUGCCAGUUUCUCUCAAUGGAGUGCUUGGGUUGGGGCGCAGCUUCUUCCCGUUUUGAUGUCGCAAAUUUCUCGCCACGAACUCGAACGCGACCCAAAAGGCGUAUCAGUCGCGUGUCUUCCGCGCGCUCCAUGCCGCGCAGAUGCAGAAGCGGGUGACCCGGAGGGUCGAGCGGCGACUGGCGGUCCAGCAGCGCGUGUGGCAUGCGCGCCGCCACGCCGAGAUGUACAACGAAAUUAAUCCUGGAGCGAAAGUCGAUACCAUUGUCAAGAUGAUGGACCACUACGACGAGAAAGAAGAAAAAAGACGUCAAACAAAGAUGAACAAAGCCGCCGGACGACGGGGGAAGAGCGUCGACAACGUUGUUCCGGCAAAAAGGAAAGAUUCUGACCACGACGAGAACAAAAACCAGCGCGGCACUCUCGACAAAGAUGAAAAUACAAACGGUCCUCGGCGUGGUGACGAGCGUGUGACAAGAAGUAGAACGCAGGAGAAGAACAAAGACAAAUCUGCCUCGCUUACCGAACUACUUCUGCAAGAUGAUGAUGAAAGUCCAAGAACUCGCAGUGCAGGGCGUCAGAACAACAGUAGUACCAGUACCGCUACCGUAGCGAGCAGUUUUUUAUCGCUUUCCAGUGGGCCGCCGUUUUACCUGUGGUGCCUUCUGAAGCCCUCCGCACUGGAAACGUUGGAGAGCUUCACCAAUCCGAUUCUAGUCCUGUUUGAAUACCCGAGCGGGUUGGGCCUCCUCGUGCUCUUUGUCCUGUUCGGGUGCACCUUUCUGUUUGUUUGCCGCCACAACAUUUUGUGCACGCGACGCCCGAGGCCGAAGGACCCGGCCUUGGCGCUGCUGGAGGCCGCGGAAGCGGAGCACACCGCGGACGCACUGGCGGCGGUCGCGGGGGCGGCGUCGGGGGGGAGGAAGAAGAUGAAGGCGAAACUACAGUUGGGAAAGGAUGCCGGCAUGAAGUUGGACCAAGCGGGCGGCGAGUUUUACACGGCGCAGCGAGGGGGCGCAGCCGCGACGGCCAUGCGCAACAAGCCCGGCGGGGGCUCUCCCGGAGCGGCGAGUGGCGGCUUCGGGGUUAAUAAGGGCUUCGCCGGCGGCAGUUCGGCGUUCGUGGGGGCUUCGUCGGCCGUUGGCGGCAGUAGCGCGGCGGUGUCGGGCUCCGCGGCCUUUGGCGCUCCGGCUGGGGGCGGCUCCUCGGCAUUUGGGGGACCCAGACCUGGUGCCGGCGCGAACUCAAGCGCAUUCACAGGAAGUGCGGCGUUCGGAAAAAAAUGA